GGACGCAGCGUCCCGGCUGAUGCGUCUGCGGCGGCCGCCUGCGCCCCGCGAGGACUGGAGCGCACGUCCGGGAGCCGCGUUCCCGCUGCCGAGGCUCGAAGGCGCUGGAUGUCUCCACAACAUGAUUGCUCAUUAACCUGCAAACUUUUCUUUUUUUAACCCAAAGAAUAUCGGUGAUUUUUGUCCACUGCUAGCAGAAGACAGAACCAGGGCGUCUGAAAUGCAGCGAAGUCCUUAUUUAUAACAGGCCCGAGGUGAUAUGCGAACCCCCCCCCUCCAGUGAGCCUUCUACCCGUGGACACCCGCCUCCCCGCCUGAGCCCCACGCAGUGGUGUCUGCACUGGGUCCCGCGGCCUCCGUCCUUUCAAUGCCCAGUUUCCUCUGGGACUGCUGGCCUUCCCUGGAGAUCAGGGUGCUGCUCUGUGCCAUGGGCUGCAUCCAGAGCAUCGGGGGCAAAGCCAGAGUCUUCCGGGAAGGCAUCACCGUGGUCGACGUGAAAGCCUCCAUCGACCCCAUCCCCACCAGCAUCGACGAGUCCUCCAGCGUGGUGCUCCGCUACCGGACACCCCACUUCCGUGCCUCGGCCCAGGUGGUCAUGCCGCCCAUCCCCAAGAAGGAGACCUGGAUAGUGGGCUGGAUCCAGGCGUGCAGCCACAUGGAGUUCUACAACCAGUACGGGGAGCAGGGCAUGUCCAGCUGGGAGCUCCCGGACCUCCAGGAGGGCAAGAUCGAGGCCAUCAGCGACUCUGACGGGGUGAACUACCCCUGGUACGGCAACACCACCGAGACCUGCACCAUCGUGGGCCCCACCAAGCGUGACUCCAAGUUCGUCAUCAGCAUGAACGACAACUUCUACCCCAGCGUCACGUGGGCCGUGCCGGUGAGCGAGAGCAACGUGGCCAGGCUGACCAACAUCUACCGGGACCAGAGCUUCACCACGUGGCUGGUGGCCACCAACACGUCCACCAACGACAUGAUCGUCCUGCAGACGCUGCACUGGCGCAUGCAACUCAGCAUCGAGGUCAACCCCAGCCGGCCCCUGGGCCAGCGCGCCCGGCUGCGGGAGCCCAUUGCCCAGGACCAGCCCAAGAUCCUGAGCAAGAACGAGCCCAUCCCGGCCAGCGCCCUGGUCAAGCCCAACGCCAACGACGCGCAGGUCCUCAUGUGGCGGCCCAGGUACGGGCAGCCGCUGGUGGUGAUCCCGGCCAAGCACCGGUGACACGCGGCUCCCGGCGGGCGCCAAUAAUAAUGCACUGCAGCCACCCUCCCUGCUCGUCCCUCGGCAGCGCGCCGCUCCCCGCCCAGCGGCCGGCUCUCACUGUGCGAAGCCCGGGCUCCCCGGCCCCACGCGCCUGUCCCCUCGGCGGGAGGCCCUGCCGGACAGAUGCCUGGGCCCCAGCGUCCCCGGCCCGGCCCGUGGCCUCCGCGGUCAGCCUCCCUCGCCACAGAGUCCCAAACAACUGCUUCCCCCCUCCUUAGCGCCUCUGUCUGAGGUUCGGGGCGGGAGGGAGCUGGUUUUGCAGGAGGCCCAGCCGUGGCGGCUGCGUUGUGCUGUGGCGCCCCGUGGCAGUCCGCUCGGCCUCCGUCACGUGGCCUUACGUAGACUUGCUUUGCCAAACUUCUGCCUUAAGCUGAAUUUAAAGAAAAAAACAAAAAAACAAAAAAAAACCCCAACCCUCCCGAAACAAAGAACGCAGGAUCUCUUUGCUACCGGACUCUUCCGCCAGAGGUGGGGUGGUGCUGGGACCCGGAUCAGAGCCCCGAGGCUCCCCUAGUCCUGGCAGGGGGCGCAGACCCGAAACCAGCGGCUCGUUGGGUUUCAGCAGAGGUGAAAGCAGGGCCAGACUCUGCCUGACCGCGCCGGCCCCCGCCUGUGAGGGUCAGUGAGCAGUGCCGGCCUCUCCCCCUGGGCAGCCUUAACUUGCCUCGGCGGGCCCAGGAGGAGAGCGGGAGGUCCCGAGUGGCAGGUCGAGAGCGGGAACGUUUGCUGUGUCGGUCCUCGGCACCCACUUGCCGGGACGGGUCUGCCGGCACCACCUCUAGGCGCAAGGCUUUGCCCUUUGACCCACGGUGGCCCCAAACGCCCGCAGGACGGGCCACCUUGGCCCGGGUUUGGCGCAAAGGUAAGACGGGCAUGUGCUUCUCUCCCCAGGCUCCGAGAGAGGGCAGAAGGCGCCGAGCCCCACUGCUGGGCGUGGGGGUGCCGUGGACGGCACCCCAGCUAGGCAUUCCUGAAGCUGGAAAGGUGGGGGGCAGGCAGUCGGCAGCCCCUCUCGGCUCUCCAUGCUGCUUAACCUCACAAGUCAACCAGGCCGGGGCUGGGGGGUGCAGGGGGGCCGUGUCGGAGGCCUCGGCGGCCGGGGGUCUGGGGCAGGAGUCCGCGCGGCUCGGCCUGAGCGAGGCCGAGCUUUCUCA